AUGUUGCCUAAGUUGGCAGAAGCAUUUCCGAAUACUUAUGAUGAGGAUAUGAUGCUAUUUCGGUUCGAGAAAAGCUUUCUGAAUUGGAUUCUAUGGACAAUGAUAAUACUGGAUGCAAAGUCGUUACGCAAAAGCUAUUUGCUUUUUAACCACUACUGGAACAUAGAGCAAUUGAGCAAAUCAGUAAAAAAAUAG